CUUGUGUUUUGACUUCCGUUCAAGRAAAACUUCGUAAUGUUUUUGAAUUGUUCCUUCAGUAUUUAUUGAUAUUUUACAUACUAUGAGCUUGGGGAUUAUCCUUGGUAGUGUAUUUGCCCUCGUGGUGGCUGGGUACAUCGCUCAAAGUCGUCUUCCACCGCCAAAACCUAAAAUAGUUGGCAUAGAUCUUGGYACAACGUAYUCGUGUGUAGGAGUCUACCAAGCGAUCACCGGCCAUGUUGACAUCUUGAUGGAUGAAAAUGGUCGUAAAGUUAUCCCAAGUAUCGUUGCAUUUACUGAAAAUGAAGUUAUUGUAGGACACAGAGCGUUAKCUCAAGCUGAGAUCAACCCAAAAUCGACAGUUUAUGAUGCGAAACGUUUUAUUGGUAAAAAAUUCACCAAAGAAGAGCUGUUGAAAGUCAAUCAACUUUAUCAAUUUGAAAUAACUGUSGAUGAGAAAGGCAAUCCUUUCUUUGUGAUCGGGACACACAACCGUACACGUGUAAGUCCUAUGGAAGUAGGAGGAUAUGUAGUUGGAGAAYUAAAGCGAAUAGCUGAAAAAAACUUGACUUCAAAAGUAGAUAAGGCUGUCAUGUCUGUCCCAGCAGAAUUUGACAUGAGGCAAAGAAAUGCUACCAUCAAAGCAGCUAAGCUAGCUGGAAUAAAAGUUCUACGGGUCAUAAACGAACCAACGGCUGCUGCCUUAGCAUAUGGGCUUCAUAAGAAAGAUGGAGUCAAAAAUGUGAUGGUUGUAGACUUGGGGGGAGGUACUUUAGACGUUUCUCUUCUGAACAUUCAAGGGGGGAUGUUUGUUACCAUGGCAAUGGCUGGAAACAAUAGACUAGGKGGUCAAGACUUCAAUAACAGAUUCAUGAAUUAUCUCCUUUCCUUAAUAAAAGAUAGAUUUAACAAGGAAUUAACUAAUUCAGAAGAUAUACAAAGAUUACRUCAAGAGGUUGAAGUUGCUAAAAUUAACCUAACCAGCUCAAUGGAAGCCAUAAUACAUGUGAAACUACCCUCUUUAAAUCAAGGGAAAAGGAUAUCAGUAUUUGAGGAGCUAGUAUCSCGUCAUACAUUUGAAAAAAUCAACGAAGAUCUAUUUCUGAAAGUUCUCCAGCCCAUCAAAAGAGUAUUACAUGAAGUCAAUUAUCCUAAGAGUGUAGUUGAUGAGGUUGUUCUUGUUGGAGGAUCCACAAGAAUACCAAAAAUCAGACAAUUAAUUCAAGAGUUCUUUGAUGGUAAGCCACCRAAUGUUUCUAUUGAUCCGGAACUGGCUGUAGCAUCAGGUGUAGCUAUUCAAGCAGGAAUCAUUGGAGGAAUGUGGCCAUUGCAAGUUUCUGCAAUUGAAAUCUUUAACCAYGUCAAAAAGGUCCAUGUAGAUGAUGAGUAGAAUAAAGACCUGUUWACACUGGCAAUUUUUAUUACGAUUUUUGAAGCAAUUUUUGUGCUUWCUUUGACCCCUAURAAUAAUUUWAAAGUUUURUUCAGUACWCAGAUUGAGAUGAGGUAACUAUUGUUUCUACGAAAGGAUAAGAACUUGAAUMRAAAAAUUGCCAGUGUGAACCAGCUUUAAGGAGCAGAACGAUGAUGUUUACCAGUGACCCCAUCACCUCAAGAAAAGAAGCAAGUCAUUCUGAUACUGCUGUAGUCUCCUUUGCAUCCRUUUUGGUGUUGGGCUCAGGAAGCUUGACACGAAAAUGGAUWUGAAGGAGACUAAUACUGCUGUGGUCCUGUCAUAUAGCAAACCACAUUAUAUUUGCUAGUAAAUAGCUGAUUUGAUUUCAUGGUUGCAUUCUUCCCAUGUUAAGUCAUACAAACAAAUUAAUAAUCAUAAUAGUUUAUAAAGUUUAUUUAUGCAGUGCAAACAUAUUUUAUAGCAUCUAUAUAGCAGGGAUACAACUGUUUUAGAUGCUCAAAUGAAAAUUAUGAAAUAAAGAUCAAACAUAACAAUGAA